AUGGGUUUUACAGUUAACAAACUAAUGAAAUUCAUGCUAUUACUAGUGCAAUUGAUUCAUACAUUAGCCUACCAUGUCGAUGCAACUGAUAAAUUUGACACAUCUUGGAUCAAGUCAGGUUACUGGUUAACAGUUAGCGAGUUUCCGGCUCCUGACGUUGAUUCUUCUCUCUUCACCCACCUCUAUUGUGCUUUCGCGGGCAUAAACUCCACCACUUACCAACUCUCCAUCCCUUCGUCUGAUGUCCAAUACAUAGCUUCGUUCACAAACACUGUCAAACGCAACAACCCUUCUAUCCAAACACUUCUUUCCAUAGGAGAUCACAGUAUUACACCCACUUUCUUAUCUAUGAUCUCCAACUCUUCCUCUAGGAAGUCUUUCAUCAACUCCUCCAUUCAAACAGCCUUAACUUAUGGUUUUCAUGGGUUAGAUAUCUGUUGUUUUCUGCCCAACACCACCUCUGACUCCUUAAACAUGGAAAAACUCUUCGAUGAGUGGCGGUCUGCUGUAGAUCAUUCUGAUAAAAGAUUAAUCUUAAGCAUGGGCAUCCAUUACUUGCCUACAACCUCUAGUUUUGAUCAUGAUCAAAAGGAUGGUACCGUCACAGUUGAUUUCCCUGUGGAUGCAAUCCAGAGGAACUUUGAUUGGGUUCAUAUGAUGUCAUUUGAUUAUUUUGUGCCACAACAAUACAAAUUUGCCCACCCUCAUGCUGCAUUGUAUGACCCUUAUAACCCUCAUGCUUGUACUGAGUAUGGCCUCAACCAAUGGAUAAGUAAAGGUCUACCAGCAAAGAAGAUUUUGAUAGGGAUGCCUUGCCAUGGCUGGGUAUGGACCCUUCUAAAUCCAAAAGAUAACCAGAUUGGAGCUCCGGCUUCAGGUCCAGGAAUCAAUCCAGAUGGGUCAUUGGGCUACCGAUGGAUCAAGAGCUAUGUGAAGAGUUAUGCGACUAAGAUUGUGUACAACUAUACGUAUGUUGAGAAUACUUGCUCUUUUGGGUCUUUCUGGGUGGGCUUCAACGAUGUGGAUGCAAUUAAAACCAAGGUUUCGUAUGCUCAGAAGAAAGGCCUUCGUGGGUACAAUGUCUUUCAAGUUGGUAACGACGAUAACUGGGUCCUCUCUAAGGCUGCAGCUGAAAUAACAGGUGGGAAUCAGCUCAAUAAAAGGCUACUUUUAGUAAAGGUGUUGGUUCCUGCAGCCAGUAUCUGCUGUCUCAGCUUAAUCUUCUAUUUUCUCAGAAAAAGAAUGCUUAAUUAUGGCAGAUCUAUAACAACAGACACUCGAACCUUCAGUUAUGAUUCAACUGAUGUAAAAGCAUUCGGUUUCGAGGAUAUCACUGAGGCCACAGACAAUUUUUCAUUUUACAAGAAGCUUGGAGAGGGUGGGUAUGGACCAGUUUACAAGGGCAAAUUAAAGACAGGACAGGAAAUUGCAGUAAAGAGACUUUCAAAAGCAUCAAAGCAAGGAUUUGAGCAGUUCAAGAAUGAAGUUAUGCUCACUGCAAGACUUCAGCAUGUAAACUUGGUUAAGGUGAUGGGAUUUUGCGUGGAAAGAGAAGAAAAGAUGCUUAUUUAUGAAUACCUUCCAAAUAGCAGCUUGGAUUUCUACCUCUUUGAUCCUGUGAAAAGUUUACAGCUCGAUUGGGGAAUUCGUGCUCACGUCAUUGAAGGAAUUAUUCAAGGCCUUCUGUACCUGCAAGAAUACUCGAGGCUAACGAUCAUACAUCGAGAUCUAAAAGCUAGUAAUAUUUUACUUGACAAAAAUUUAAAUCCUAAAAUUUCAGACUUUGGCAUGGCAAGAAUAUUCCAAACAGAUGGAUAUGAAGCAAAUACAAACAACAUUGCAGGAACAUAUGGAUAUGUCCCUCCGGAGUAUGUGAAGCUAGGAGUAUACUCUAGAAAACAUGAUGUUUACAGCUUUGGAGUGCUGCUGCUACAAAUCAUUAGUGGUAAGAGAAAUGACCAAUUCUACGGUGCUAAUGAAGGAUGCAACCUCUUGGAAUAUGCAUAUGAGUUGUGGAAACAAGAUGAAGGCAUGGAAUUUGUGGAUCCAGCAUUAGACGAUUUAAAUUACAAAUAUAAGCUAAUGAGAUGUAUGCAAAUUGCUCUAUUAUGCGUUCAAGAAAAGCAGGAAGACAGGCCAUCCAUGCUGGAGAUUUCAGCCAUUCUCAAUAACGAAAUUGAACACAUUAUGAUCCCAAAAAGACCGGCGUUUUCUACCAAACCAGAUGCAGAUGCAGAGCCAACUCCAUGUUCACAACAUCUGAAUCAUUCUAAUUAUGAUUCAGUAAUAUCUGAGCUUGAACCUCGAUAA